AUGGGAUAUAUUAAUAUGAAUAGCAGUAGCCUUAUUAAGCCAUAUGAUGGGGUUGAGCUUAAUGAGUCGGGGAAAAAGUAUAAGAAAAUAGGGGAAGACAUGCUUAAGCAAAAGAAGCUGGGUGUGGUGAUAAUGAGCGGAGGGCAAGGAACCAGGCUCGGCUCAGAUGCUCCAAAAGGAUUGUUCAAGAUAAAGGGUAAGACUCUUUUUGAGUGGCAUAUGGAGACAAUAAAGGAGCUUAUAAGCAAGUACAGUGCAGAUAUAACUGUAUUUGUCAUGACGUCUUCAUUUACAGAUGAAGCAGUUAGAAAUUACUUUCAGAAAGAGAAAGGGAACUUCGGCCUAAAGAUUUAUUUCUUCAAGCAGAAAAAUUCCUUAUGUGUGGGAACAGAUGGAAAGCCUCUAGAACUCUACGAUGGAUAUGCUGAAUCUCCAUAUGGGAACGGAGAUAUAUUCAAGGCAAUACAGCAAGUCAAUUUUGAAGAGGUAGAGGUCUUGAAUGUUAUCUCCAUAGAUAACAUCCUUGCAAGGAUUCUUGAUCCUGUGUUUGUUGGGGCAUUUUACAGCGGAGAUUACGACAUUCUGAGCAAGUCUGUGACCAAGGAAGAGAAGGAAAGCGUUGGGGCAUUUUUAAUGAAGGAGAAACUUAUAAUCAAGGAGUAUGGUGAGAACGACGCGAAUGGACAAGGAAUACAAGGUAACAUCUGUAACCAUCUGUUCAGAACAUCAUUCAUAAAAAAAAUGAAGAAUGUGGAUCUUCCUGAGCACAAGGCAUUCAAAAAAAUCCCAUACACUGAAAAUGGAAAGCUUAUAAAACCGGAAAAGCCUAACGGAUUCAAGAAGGAGACAUUCAUAUUUGAUAGCUUUGAAUACACAGAAAAGAACGGUGUGAUGAACGUUCCUAGAGAGAAAGAGUUUUCUCCAUUAAAGAAUGGAAUGGACUCAACCGUGGACAACCCAUUGACAUGUGCCUUGGCAGUUGAGAAGCAUAGAAUUCAAACUUCCAUACAAUAA